UGGUCAAAAUCCUUAUAGCGCUGUUAUUAAUUGGACUGUCUUUAGUUCAUUCAACAGAAUUUCUUAACGAUGAAGGAAUAUCAACGAAUUGUGGAGCUGCGACCACUUGCUGUGGAGUUCUCGAAAUACUAUCGAAAUAUAACGCAGGCAGACUUGGAUUUAUUCACCAAUCGAUUGCCUGAUCAGGAGGAUCUUCAGUGUUUAGCUGACAUGGCACAGCUAAUGGCUGCUUUAUCCACCAGAAAGAUGUGGGCACUAAAAAUGUUUGAUUCAUGGGGCACUUUACCCAAGGGAUUCCUCUACGGAAAUACCAUCGACAUGGGAAAUUAUGAUGAGUGCAUUACGAUCAAUCAGGCAAUCAGUGAUGACUACAAUCUGAGAGGAAAAUAUUGUUUUGCUGUGCUGCCAAUAGCAAGCCAUGGCAUCUACAUAAGAAGUGCAGUUUGUUUUCCCGCUUCAUGCUCUGCAACGCACAUGGAUGCAUUUCUGGGGCAACUAUUGAAAAAACUUCUCAAUGUGACUACAACACCAUUCCAUGUGAGUGAAGAUAGCUGUCGAACUUUGGAGCGUGAGCCUCAAGAUGGUCUCUACAUAUUUACAAUCGUUGUACUCGCACUUCUGGCAGCUGCUGUGGUCCUCACAACCUGCUACGAUUAUCUCUGCUGCAAGGAUCAGACACUAUUGCCUUCUGUAGUCAAGAUCUUUUCGGCACGUGCCAAUUCUCGUGAGCUUUUCCGCAUCGUACAGCCGAAGUCCAAUCCCAACGUUAUCGACUGUCUAUAUGGCAUGCGCUGCAUGUCGCUUAUCUGGGUUAUUUUCGGACAUCAAUACUUAUUCGCCCUCUUGGCGCCUAAUAUAAACCAGUUUCGUUUGAAAUGGUGGUUCGAGAAACCGUACACGAGCUUUGUCUUGCAUGGCGUAUUCUCAGUGGACACCUUUUUCUUUCUCAGUGGCAUGUUGUUGGUUGUAAUUGCGCUGCGUUCCUUGGAAAAAAGCAAUGGAAAACUUAACAUUCUCAUGAUGUAUCUGCAUCGCUAUUUACGUCUAACUCCUGUUGUGGCUCUGGCCAUUCUUCUUUAUAUGAAAAUACUUCCUCUCUUUGGAGAUGGUCCCAUGUACGAAAGUGUUAAGUUUGAUGAUUACAAUCACUGCAAACGCACCUGGUUCUGGACCUUGUUUUAUCUACAAAACUAUGCCACUCCAGACCUAUGCAUAAAUCACAGUUGGUACUUGGCUGUAGACAUGCAACUCUACUUUAUCUCGCCAAUCUUUCUCUUGGCAUUGUACAAAUGGGGCAAAAAAGCCGCUGCUGGCAUAUUUGUAUUCAUGCUUCUGCUUUCCGCCUGCCUCUUUGCCACCAUGAUGACCGAAAAAAAUGGCGUCACCCCGGAUGAGGCCCAGCGAAAGCUUUAUUAUGCCACCCACACACAUGCAGCGCCCUGGCUGAUCGGAGUGCUCUUUGGCUAUUUCCUGCAUCUGAAUCGCAACAAGUCGUUGAAGUUGAAUCACAUUUCCGUUUGGAUAGGCUGGAUGGUGGCCUUGGCUUUGAUUUUUGCCUCGAUUUUUUCACUUCUACCAUAUGUCGAUUGGCGAAAUCCCACACUACCAAUGCUGAAUCAAGCAUUUUAUUAUACAUUCACUCGCAUCGCGUGGCCACUGAGUUUGUGCUGGAUUGUGUUUGCCUGCAUGAGAGGAUAUGGCGGAUUGGCCAACAGCUUCCUCUCCUCGCCAUUGUGGCAACCUUUAUCGAAACUAUCGUAUAAUGCGUAUAUCUUUCAUAUAUUCAUCCAGCAAAUCAACGGAAGGCGCAUGCGAACAAAUACAUUCUUCUCGGAUUACGAUGUGAUGCUCAUAUUUUGGGGAGGAUUUGGUUUCACCAUUCUGCUUUCUUAUGCUAUUUACAUCCUCUUGGCGCCGUUUGGAGUUCUAGAGAGCAUGCUUAUGCCCAAUCGAAGAGCUCCAUCGAAACCGAAAGUUGCAGAAGAUCUGCCUAGCAAUGCAACUGCAGAGAUCAGGAAAGAAACUUUACCUACACAGAUAGAAACUGAAAGUGAAACUCAGCUGCCUACUUCAACAAACUAAAGUAUUUAAGUUUAAGAUUAU